AUGUCGUGCGUGCUGGGGUGUGUGGCGCUCGCCCCCAGAGACAUCUCCGGGGCCUUUGUGCUCACGAUCGCGUGGGCGGAGAAGAAUAAGGACCCGAAAAAGGAAAGGGCGGUAGAUAGGAAUGGACCGCAGGACCGCAUCCUGCCCCGUCCUGGCCUGGGCUGUCCUCCUGAAGACGCCUCAGUCGCGCGGUGGAACAGGCUCCGCCAGAAGCUCCCAGCAGCAGCCCCCGUGGUGGAAGGUGUUCCGAGGAUGCUGGCGCUGCUGUUGCUGGCGCUCCUGGCGGCGAGACCGCCGACCUCGAGGGCCCAGGUGGACGACAGGUUCUCCCGCCCCAGGUCCACGACCAGGGACCUCUACCAGCCGGGGACCCUGCCCCCGCCCCCGGCCAUGGCCGCCCCCGCCGCCACCGCCAGGGACGCCAGCUGCAUCUGCGUCGACUACUACCUCUGCGGCUCCGACGGCUACAUCAUCACCACGGGCGAAGGCCUGGUCGACGAGCGGGCUGGCGUACUCGUGUCGGGGCCACUGUGCGACGGCAUCCAGGUGUGCUGCAAGCCGCCCACGGUCACUCCGUCGCCAGCGACAGGCGUGCCCACGGAGAUCGUCACCACCACGACCACGGAGUCCCCCAUCCCCCCGGAGGCGUGCGGCAUCCGAGGCGGCGAUGUGAUCUCCAACCUGGUGGACCUGCGCAUCCUGAACACGGACAGCGACAACGGCACGCAGUUCGCCGAGUUCCCGUGGAUGCUGGUGCUUAUGCGGACCGGGGCAGGGACCCCAGCCUCUUCUACCUCCCCUUCGAGCUCCCCGUCGACCCCGAAGAACAUGUUCGUGUGCGGGGCGUCGCUCAUCCACCCGGAGGUCGCCAUGACGGCCGCCCACUGCCUCAAGUGGCCGACGUCCGAGCUGAAGGUGCGCGCGGGCGAGUGGGACACGCAGAGCGACGCUGAGCCCUUGCCGCACCAGGACCGCAGGGUCACCCGGGCGGUGGCGCACCCUCAGUACGCCAAGGGCACCCUGCGCAACGACGUGGCGCUGCUGUUCCUGGAGAGCCCCUUCCAGCUGGCGAGGAACGUGCGCACCAUCUGCCUGGCGCAGCGAGGCGACGUGGCGGACGGCGACCGCUGCAUCGCCACCGGCUGGGGCCGUGAUGCCUUCGGUCCGAAAGGCGCGUUCCAGAUGACGAUGAAGAAGGUGGACCUGCCCGUGGUGGCGCGCGCCACCUGCCAGGCCCAGCUGAGACAGACAAGGCUCAGUUCCUACUUCAACCUGCACGAGAGCUUCGUGUGCGCCGGAGGCGAGCGCGGCAAGGACACCUGCCAGGGCGACGGCGGCGGCCCGCUGUUCUGCCGGUCGGCGCGCGACAGCAGCCGCUACGUGCAGCUGGGGGUCACGUCGUGGGGAGUCGGCUGCGGGGACAGCGACCUGCCGGCCGUGUACGCCAACGUGCCGAGCUUCGCCGACUGGGUGGCGUCCCAGCUGCCCCAGGGGGCCUGCCCCACGUGUCUGCGGUCCGCCCCCGCCCCGCGCUCACGGCGGCUGGAGUGAUCCUCGUGUCUGCGAGCAGUGGCGUAGCAAGCGGGUGGCAGGGAUGGCCCCCGCCAGGGGCGCCGGAGCAGGAGGGGGAGCCACCGCGACGGUUUCGUGUUACUGAACCCUCCCCCCCCCCACUCUCUUUUAAUCCAAGAGGGGGCGUCAUUUCCAGUUCUGGCCAGGGGCGCCAGUCACCUUAGCUACGUCACUGUCUGCGAGCUGCAUUCCCUUCUUCAUACUGCACGUGGCUCAUCAUGUUCAGGCACAUUUCAUUGCAAUGUUUCAGGCACAUUUCAUUGUUCAUAUUUAAGGCAAAGUUAAUUGUAAUGUUUCAGGCGCAUUUCAUUGUGAUUGUUUCGGCACCUUUCAUUGUUAACGUUUCUGCGACAUUGCACGUUUGUGUCUAAAAUUUUAUCUGCAAUGUUGCAGAAACCACGGAGUUAGGAAUUGUCAGGAGACUGCAUUCUGUCAUGUAUUUGAAGUCACUGUUUUACCUCGUCACGGUCAUGUUGUAAUGCUCAAAAUGCCCAAAAACACUGCCAUAAUGUGGCUUGACCACAUUUAAUAAUGCUUGUUAUUACUAAUUAAAUUUAUUUAAAACUGUUUACACUAUGAAAACUCGACUCUUCAGCCAGUUUUGGGCGUCGUACCAACAUGGCGGUGACUAUGAGCUUAUAAAAAAAGUUUCAUGCUGUUACCGUGUAAUCAUGUUAAUACAUGUGCACUCCUGGCAAAAAAAAAAAAAAACAAA